CUGCGCCGGGGCGGAGCGGGCACCCAGCGAGCGCGGGCAGAUCGAGGCGCGGGUUCGGUGGCGAAGGCUCGCGGUGGGAUCAGCGUCCUUGCGGCUGCUGAGGACCUCCGCCUCGGCCGGCCACCUCCGCACCCCCAGUUCGUGGCGGCGGGAGGCGCGGAGCCCCAAGGGAGCGAGUUCCCGCGCCCCGCGGAGCCGCUGCUUCCCUUCGAGGAAGGUCCGGAACCCAGCCCUCCGGACCCGCCUGGCGUCUUCGCCUUCGGCGGGCCGGCUAACUGCGGCGCCCGGGGCAUGGCUUCGGCGGGCAGCGGCAUGGAGGAGGUGCGUGUGUCGGUGCUCACCCCGCUGAAGCUGGUCGGGCUGGUGUGCAUCUUCCUGGCGCUGUGUCUGGACCUGGGGGCCGUACUGAGCCCGGCCUGGGUCACGGCCGACCACCAGUACUACCUGUCCCUGUGGGAGUCCUGCCGGAAACCCGCCAGCUUGGACAACUGGGACUGCGAGUCCACGCUCAGCAGCGAUUGGCAGAUUGCUACUCUGGCUUUACUCUUGGGCGGUGCUGCUAUCAUUCUCAUUGCAUUCCUGGUGGGUUUGAUUUCUAUCUGCGUGGGAUCUCGAAGGCGCUUCUACAGACCUGUUGCCGUCAUGCUUUUUGCAGCAGUUGUUUUACAGGUUUGCAGCCUGGUUCUUUACCCAAUCAAGUUCAUUGAAACUGUGAGCUUGAAAAUUUACCAUGAGUUCAAUUGGGGUUAUGGCCUGGCGUGGGGUGCAACUAUAUUCUCAUUUGGGGGUGCCAUCCUUUACUGCCUGAACCCUAAGAACUACGAAGACUACUACUAGAACCAAUAGUCUCAAAUUGGGGGGAAAAACAUCCAACAAGGAUUACAUCUGCAUCUUUUCUAACUCACUAUUUUCUAAAACACUUGUGGAGUGUCAAGCAGUUUGCUAAGUUGAUUUAAUAUCUUUUGCCUUUUGGCUGUCAACAUAAUAACCAGCUUCUACAUCCAUUUUAGGGACCUGCACAAAUUAAGAGAGCUGAUUAGACAUAGGCAAAUGCUGCAAACUUCCAAUAUGUUCUUGUCAUUUUUCUUGACAAGUGAAGGGUCUAUAUGACAGCAACCAUUGUGAGAAACUAGAUGGAAUGAGAAAUGCCUGAAUCUCCUAUUGCCUGCAGGGGAGCAGCUGGCAUAAGCAACAUUUAGAAGUUCCUUUUACGCUGACAAGGAUUUAACUGUCAGAGUCCUUAUCACCUGCUUUUCCCACCCAAUGACUAAAUUGCCAUUGGUUUUUUGCUUGAGUGAGCUCUUGAAUAGUGAACUGCCCAUCAGCAUCUAAUGGGAGUUCUGAAUGUAAGUUGUUAAUGGUACAUAUUCCAUCUUCAAGAGUACUCUUUUUAAUGGGAGGUUAUGCUUUGGCAAUCAGCAUUUCCUUGGGAAAGGUGUCAAGACUUGGAGAGGUGCUUUUCAUUAUGUGGUUAGAAAUUGUGCCUCAGCCAUAUCUAGAAUGAGGAAAAUUGGGAGUCUCUACCUUCCCUGGGGCAACUAGAAAGACAUAUGCAUGAGUUGCUUUUGUCCUAAGUACCCGGUAAAUCAUUUAUCAAACAUUACAGCAAAUAAUUGUGCAUAUGUAACAAACUUAAGUGUUUUUAUAGAAGAUGGACCAUUAGCAUAAAUGGUAAUAUGUUGUUCCCUAGCCCUACACUUGCAUUUGCCUAUUACACAUAGAAUUAACAUUUGCUCUAGUGAAGUGAUUUGAACACUAACCUUGUACUUGUUGUUAAGAGGCUUAGAUCGGUAUGCACACUUACCUUACAAAAGUACAUAUUAAAGCUUUUGCUCUAUAUUCUCUGCUAUUCCACUGGAAAGUUUUAAUAGAAUUGUAUAAAGAAGAAAAAUUGAAAUGGUAUUAAUCUAAAAAUUUUUGAUUCUUCUGUAAGCACUGUAGUUCAAAAAAGAGUAGCAAUUAGGUUGGUCAUUUUGUUUAAAGUAGAAGGCUGCUUUUUUCAAGUAUUUUAAAUGUCUUUAUUAAAAAAUAAAGGAAUAGUGAUAGAUUUAUUUGAAUGUCUAAAUGUCUCAGUAGAGGAAUGGAAUUCAUCUGGUUAUCACCUGGUCCUCUGAUGUUAACUAAGGGGCUAACUGAUUUGUGCACACAAUUAUGAUGGAUUUAUGUUAAGGGAAUUAUUUGUUGACUGUUCAAAUAUAAGGAAAUAUCAAUAAUAGGGAAUAAGUUUGCAACUAAUCUCAUACUGCAAGCUUGUUCAUCUUAAUCCUGUUUAAUAUACAAAUUUGGAUAGUUUAAUUAUAAGCAUAUUUUUAUAUCAAAUAUACAGUUCUAAUAUAAAAGUUAUAAAUAAUUAUUUUUGUUAACAAAGACACUAAAACAGUAUGUCCUGGUUUUGGCCCUCUUGCAGAAAGAAGCAGUGGAGAAAAUCAUUGAAAGCACACCUAUGUUCUCUUGUAUUGCAAAUUCUGUUAAGAGCAGGACCACAUCAAUAGUAUUUAAUAAUUUGCUUUCCCUCCCAAAGCAAAGUUCUGCUUUCAGCUUGUCUUAA